UUCACGGUCAUCUAGACCACCUACCCUUGCAGUGAGCAGGAACAUCUUCAACAAGAUCGGGUUGCUCAGAGCCCCGUCCAACCUGACCUGGAAUGUUUCUAGGGAUGGGGCAUCUACCACCUCUCUGGGAAACCUGUUCCAGUGUUUCACCACCCUCAUCGUAAAAGGGAAAUGCAUAACCCUGCUGCAUCCAGCCUUGGGACCCAAAGGGUUCAUGUUGUUGGGUCGCCACCCUGCUAACCAAAGUGGUCCUUUGGGAUUCGCUAUGGGGAAGCUCUGAGAUGUUCCUCCCACCCAACCCUAUGUCCACGUGCCAAAGCCACACGAUACAAGAGGACUCAAGAUAACCCAAUAACACAGACAACCACCAUCAGCCUUUAGGCAAACAUUUUCAAAGAGCUCAGAUACUUGCCCUUGGUUUCAAAGGGCUCUGAGUGAUUCGAAGAACCCACGGAUGAUGCAGCUCUUUGACUCGAGUUUGCCAAGAGGCAAAGCAAACAAGGAAAUGCAAACUGCACCAAGCAGGGAAAUAAAAGAAACGCAGGAGCUGGUUGAAAAGCCACACCAUAUUUCAAAAAAGAAAAUCAAAGUAGAAAAAAAAAAAACAAAGCAAGGUUGCAAAUAACCACGGUUGGAGGAAGUGAAGGAGGUCCUUGGAGGUGCUCUGUGCCAUCAACCCAGAUGAGCAAUGUCUUCACGUCUCCCCGGGUUGCUUGGACCUUCUUGUGCUGCAACGCAAUCUGCUGCCUCCUUGGGAUCCCGGGAAGGACUCGGUUUGGGGCAACUGGUGGAGGUUGAGGCACGAUGCCGUGGUGACACGGUCCUCUUUGAGACACAUCCCAAUGAAGGACCAUCAUGCCAACCAGCCUCGAGGGCUGCACCUUUUAGGCACCUCAAAGUUGCCACAUUCCUUUUAUGUUCAAUGGGGAAGGACAGGAAUCACAUUCCCAAGGGACCUGAUGCUCCUCAUAAUCCCAUCUAGAUGUCUUGCUUCUCACCAUCAUCUAUGAGCACCACCAGGUGCCUCCAGAGAAGACCCAGAGCUUGACUGAUCCCAAGACAAACCACCUUUGGCCAUCUCUAUCUUUGACUAAGCAUUCCAUGCCUACGCAGUGUCUAACCAGUGCAUCCCAUCCGGUUCCUGGCACCUCCAAGGACCUGUAGCACCUGGAGCAGAGCAAAGCUGGGUUUUGGGUACCAGACAGGGAAGUUCUACCUCCUCUCCCUCUGGCUGGCCAAAGAUCCUGCAACGAUGGCUGCUUGACAACCCUCUAAGCUCUGAGGGCAGUGGCACAUAGCUGCGGCAUCUCAUCCCCAUCCCCACCCAGGUGCGAUGCCGGUCCAGUAUGUGACGUAUGAAGGCAUUAAGUUCCCCCCUGCCUACAACUCCGAGCACAGCUUGAGUUUCGCCCACAAUGAGUUCCUGGUGCGUGACGAUGACAUCUUCAACGUCACCUACCCCAAGUCAGGCACCGUGUGGAUGACUGAGAUCCUGAGCCUUAUUCGCAGCCGUGGCUGCCCCAGCUGGAGCCGAGCUGUCCUCAAUUCUGACCGCAUGCCCUGGUUCUCAACCCGUCUGGGUCUGGAGUCAGCCCUCAGCUACCCCCCACCUCGCCUGCUGACCUGCCACCUCCCCAGGCACAUCUUCCCCAAGUCCUUCUCCCAUUCCAGUGCCAAGGUUAUUUACACCGUACGGAAUCCUCGAGAUGUUGUCGUCUCCUACUACUACUUCUCCAAGAUGUGCAACAGCUAUGAGGAUCCCACAUCCUUUGAGCAGUUCCUGAGGGACUUUCUGAAUGGAGAGUUGCCCCAUGGCUCCUGGUUCGAACACGUCCGAGGCUGGAUGGAGAUGAAGGAUGCAGAGAAUUUUUUCUUCAUCACCUAUGAAGAGCUAAAGCAGGACCUGCACAGCAGCGUGAGACGUCUCUGCCAGUUCCUGGGCCAGGAUUUGGAUGAUGAUGCUGUCUCCUCAGUGGUGCAAAAUGCCUCCUUCACGGCCAUGCAGGAGAACCCAAUGUGCAGCUCCAUCCUGCUUCCUGCAGACAUCAUGGACCAGACGAAGGGCCAGUUCCUGAGGAAGGGCAUCUGCGGGGACUGGGAGAACCACUUCACAGUGGCGCAGAGCGAGACCUUCGACAGGAUCUACCAGGACAGGAUGCAAGGCCUGAACGUGACCUUUCCUUGGGACAGGCAUUGGGAUUUGUCCCUAUCUGAAGCCAGCUAAGCACUGGGUAUAAACCAGCCACCAACCACGGGGGGUAACUGGCUGCUGUUGGACAGAGGGCGUUGUAUUCAGGGCUGCAAAUGGUACUGAACCUCAGCAUGCACACCAUUCAUUUGCACCCUUUCCCCUUGGGAGAGCUUUUUCUCCUGGGUUGCGCCUGUCCUCUCUGUCCGAUCCGUUGACCCUUUUUCCCCUGAGGCAGGCUCUAGGGUCUCCCAGGGUAGGACCCACCUUCCUGCCCUGCAACACAUUCCUCUUCUGCAGGCAGAGGACAGUAGCACACAGAUAAAACAUGUCCUGCCUGUCACAUCCACUGGCCAGGGCAUCUUGAUUGGGAGCUGCAGUCAGCUGAAAUGUUCUCUUGGAGCUGCUUAUCAAACAGGAGAGCAGCAGGGUAAACCCUUUGCGUGGGGUGGGUUGAACAGCAGGAUGGCAAAAUAUCCCCUCCACUUUCCAAGCCAAGAAUGGGAACUCUUCAAAUCAUAGAAUCAUAGAAUCAUAGAAUGGUUUGGGAUGGAAGGGACCUUAAAGAUCAUCUAGUUCCAACUGCCUUGCCAUGGGCAGGGACACCUUCUACUAGACGAGGUUGCUCAAAGCCCCAUCCAACCUGGCCUGGAAUGUUUCCAGGGAUGGGGCAUCUACCACCUCUCUGGGCAACCCGUUCCAGUGCCUCAUGACCCUCACAGUAAAGAACUUCCUUACAUCUAAUCUAAAUCUACCCUCUUUCAGUUUAAAGCCAUUACCCCUUGCCCUAUCACUACAUGCCCUUGUAAAAAGUCCCUCUCCAGCUUUCUUGCAGGCCCCUUUUAGGUACUGGAAGGCUGCUAUAAGGUAUCCCCAGAGCCUUCUCUUCUCCAGGCUGAACAACCCCAACUCUCUCAGCCUUUUCUCACAGGAGAGGUGCUCCAGCCCUCUGAUCCUCUUUGUGGCCCUCCUCUGAACUCGCUGCAACAGGUCCAUGUCCUUAUGUUGGGGGCCCCAGAGCUGGAUGCUGUACUCCAGGUGGAGUCUCACAAGAGUGGAGUAGAGGGGCAGAAUCACCUCCCUUGACCUGCUGGCCAUGCUUCUUUUGAUGCAGCCCAGGAUAUGGUUGGCUUUCUGGGCUGCAAACGUACAUUGCCAGAUCAUGUUGAGCUUCUCGUCAACCAACACUCCCAAGUCCUUCUCUGCAGGGCUGCUUUCAAUCCACUCAUCACCCAGCAUAGGACAUGUCCAAGACGGACAUGCAUGGUCAGCUUUAGGGCCAGGGGUGCUGUACAAGAGUUUAGGAAAGGGUGUGCAGGCAAGACAGCGUUGCCAUUGUACUUCUCUUGAUCCAGCCUGAUAGAGCCUAAACCUAAACCAGGUGAUGGGUUUCAGUGAAGCAAGGCCACUUGUGCAAGACGCAGUGGGAUUUAGAAGCAUAGCCUUGUCCUUGUGCUGAAAGAGGUGUAGUGCAGGAUGGGAUCUCCCUGGGGACCACAGCCAAAAGCAUCCCAGAUAAUCAGCCUUCUACAAGAUUUAGAUGAUUAUGCCCCCAGAGAGACUUUGUGGAAUCAAAGAAGGGGAUGGACCUUUGUGGAUCUUGGCCAAGAGACGGCUCUGUGGUUUGUGCUCCACUGAGCUCGCGGGGAAGACCAGCUCCUUCAGCUGCUGAAGUACUGCUUGUAAUUACUGACAGCCUUACUUCGUGAUAGAGGCAGCCAGAGACACCGGGUGAUGGCUCCAGGCUUGGCAAGACACUGUCCAGAGAGGGGAGGUUGUCCCAGGGACAGUGAGUAGUGCCAUGGUUGGCACGUCUGCGUUGAGGUCUUGAGCAAUGUCCCAGCCAGAAGAUGACCUGAGUUAGAGAAAGCGUUCUAGCCCUGUUGGCAGUGAAGGCCAGGCCAACUUUAUUGCACACCCACUCAUGGCCAACACAUUGUGCCCAAGGACCACCAGGUCACGAGUUGAGAAAUAAAGAGAAAGAGUUUGUGACACAGCAUUGGAAGGUGCCCCCCCAAACCACAGUCAAAAUUGUUUCCUCUUAUAUAAAGUACAGUCAAAUGACCCCAUUCAUGUGUUAUGCUCUGGAUGUCUGGGUCCCUUGUUGAAAUGUUUGCCUUCAAGCUAUAUGUGGCUCAUUCUAUACACAGCACAACAUUUCUGUCCAUGCCAUCCCCCUAAAAGUUGAGGUUUGUGUCAAUGCCUCAGCAAGACUUUGUAAGAGCCAAUACCAUGGAGCCUUGGCGCAACAGCCCCCUCUGCCCCAAUCCUAAGUAUGGGGAGGGGAAAAAGCCAACGUAAAAGGAGAGUGGGAUGUGGGAAUGGACAUGGAGAGCUGUCAGGUCCCCAAGGACCCUGGCAUAGCACUUUUUGACAAAGGGCUGGGCCAUGUUCAAUGUCUUGCAGAGGCCAAAUACUACUUUGAACUAUGUGUAUCAACUAAAUCAUCAGUAAUUAUAAGAGGAACCCUGAAUGUCUACUGAUUGGAUGUAGGUGCUGACACUGCAGACACCCAGGAAAGGGCUCAUUUGUCUAAAUAUAGGCAGUCUUCCACUACAUAAAAUUUCUAGUCUCUGUUUA